GCGGGACCCGCCGCGUCCUCCGCCGACUGGAGAAGAGGCGGGAGCCUUGCCAGUCCCCGCGGCUGGAAGAGAGCAGCCUGCCAACCACGAUGCGCGCCCCGCCUGCCCAGGCCGUCCCCGGGCUACCCCCGAACACCUGCGCGCCCCGGCCGGGUUCCGGGCUCUGAGCGCGCCGCGGCACAGGAUUCAGAAGCAUGUGAAAUAGAUUGCUUGGUCUGAAAUAGAAAAACAGUGGCAACGUUUUGCUGAGUUUCCAGACCUUUCCCAACAUGGAACCAAUAACCUUCACAGCAAGGAAACACCCAUUCCCUAACGAGGUCUCGGUGGACUUCGGCCUCCAGCUGGUGGGCUCCUUGCCUGUACAUUCUCUGACUACCAUGCCCAUGCUGCCGUGGGUGGUGGCAGAGGUGCGAAGGCUCAGUGGGCAGUCUUCCAAAAAGGAGCCUGGCACCAAGCCAGUCCGCCUUUGUGUUUCGCCCUCUGGAUUGAGAUGUGAGCCUGAGCCAGGAAAAAGUCAACAAUGGGAUCCAUUGAUCUGUUCCAGCAUCUUCGAGUGUAAGCCUCAACGAGUUCACAAACUGAUUCACAAUAGUCACGACCCAAGUUAUUUUGCUUGUCUGAUUAAAAAUGAUGCAGCCAAUCAGCAGAGUAUCUGCUAUGUGUUCAAAGCCGAUGAUCAAACAAAAGUGCCUGAGAUCAUCAGUUCCAUCCGGCAGGCUGGGAAGAUCGCCCGCCAGGAGGAGCUCCGCUGCCCUUCGGAGUUCGAUGACACAUUCGCCAAGAAGUUCGAGGUGCUGUUCUGCGGCCGCGUGGCCGUGGCGCACAGGAAGGCUCCACCCGCCCUGAUCGAUGAGUGCAUCGAAGGCUUCAGUCACGUGAGCGGCGGCUUCUCCUCGGAUCAGUUCCGGUCUGCACCGCAGCCACCGGGGGAUGGGGAGCGGGGCCCGCGGCCGAUGCGCAAGUCCUUCUCGCAGCCCGGGCUGCGCUCCUUGGCCUUCCGAAAGGAGUUUCAGGAUGCAGGCCUGCGGAGUAGUAGUUUCUUCAGCUCCUUUGAGGAGAGCGACAUCGAGAACCACCUGAUUAGUGGACACAAUAUUGUGCAGCCGACAGAUAUUGAGGAAAAUCGAACUAUGCUCUUCACGAUUGGUCAAUCUGAAGUUUACCUCAUCAGUCCUGACACCAAAAAAAUAGCGUUGCAGAAAAAUUUUAAGGAGAUAUCCUUUUGCUCUCAGGGUAUUAGACAUGUGGACCACUUUGGGUUCAUCUGCCGUGAGUCUUCCGGAGGUGGAGGCUUUCAUUUCGUCUGUUACGUGUUUCAGUGCACAAAUGAAGCUCUGGUGGAUGAGAUCAUGAUGACCUUGAAGCAGGCCUUCACGGUGGCUGCUGUGCAGCAGACAGCGAAGGCGCCAGCCCAGCUGUGUGAGGGCUGCCCCCUGCAGAGCCUGCACAAGCUCUGUGAGCGGAUCGAGGGAAUGAAUUCUUCCAAAACCAAACUAGAGCUCCAGAAGCACCUGACAACAUUAACUAAUCAGGAGCAAGCAACUGUUUUUGAGGAGGUUCAGAAAUUGAGACCAAGAAAUGAGCAACGAGAGAAUGAAUUGAUUAUUUCUUUCCUGAGAUGUUUAUAUGAAGAGAAGCAAAAAGUUCACAUCCAUAUUGGGGAGAUAAAACAGACAUCACAGAUUGCAGCAGAGAAUAUUGGAAGUGAAUUACCAUCAAGUGCCACUCGAUUUAGGCUAGAUAUGCUGAAAAACAAAGCGAAGAGGUCUUUAACAGAAUCUUUAGAAAGUAUUUUGUCUCGGGGUAAUAAAGCCAGAGGCCUCCAGGAACACUCAGCCAGUUUGGAUCUGGACAACUCCAUGUCUAGCAUGUUCAGUAACACCAGCAAAGAGCCGUCUGGCUGUGAAAAGGAGGCCUUAUCCACCUCCGAGAGCUGCUUCAGGCUCCUCGGCUCCUCAGACGACCUGUCCAGUGACUCGGAAAGCCAACCCACAGAAGAGCCAGCCCUGCUCUCACCCAAGCAGGGCUUCCGAAGGCGUGCCAACACCCUGAGUCACGUCCCCGUGGAAUGCCAGGAGCCUCCACAGCUGGUGCGAGGGUCUCCAGGGGUCUCGCAAAGGAAACUUGUGAGGUAUCACUCAGUGAGCACAGAGACGCCUCGUGAACGAAAUGGGAAUUGUCCACCUGUUGGCGAGUCUCAAAGUCCUUCAGGUCAGUCUUCAGCUCCUGCUCCUCCACCUCGUCUUAACCCCUCCGCCUCCUCGCCUAAUUUUUUUAAGUACCUCAAACAUAACCCGAGUGGAGAACAGAGUGGGAAUGCCGUGCCAAAGAGCAUCUCCUACCGUAAUGCCCUGCGGAAAAAACUUCAUUCCUCUUCCUCUGUGCCAAAUUUUCUAAAAUUUCUGGCUCCUGUAGAUGAAAAUAACACCUCUGACUUUAUGAACACUCAAAGGGACUUUGAGUCCAAAGCCGACCACAUCAGUGAUGCCAGCAGGACCCCUGUGAAGACACGGAGACACUCGUGGAGGCAGCAGAUCUUCCUUCGGGUGGCCACCCCCCAGAAGGCCUGCGAGUCCCCCAAAAGAUACGAAGAUUACUCAGAGUUGGGAGACCUUCCCCCACGAUCUCCACUAGAACCAGUUUGUGAAGAUGGACCCUUUGGCCCUGUCCCAGAGGAAAAGAAAAGGACAUCUCGUGAACUUCGAGAGCUGUGGCAAAAGGCCAUUCUGCAACAGAUACUGCUGCUCAGGAUGGAGAAGGAAAAUCAAAAGCUGCAAGCCUCUGAGAAUGAUUUGCUGAACAAGCGCCUAAAGCUUGAUUAUGAAGAAAUCACUCCUUGUCUUAAAGAAGUGACUACAGUGUGGGAAAAGAUCCUUAGCACUCCAGGAAGAUCAAAAAUUAAGUUUGACAUGGAAAAAAUGCACUCGGCUGUUGGCCAAGGUGUGCCACGACACCACCGGGGUGAAAUCUGGAAAUUCUUGGCGGAGCAGUACCACCUGAAGCACCCGUUUCCCUGCAAACAGCAGCCCAAGGACACGCCCUACAAAGAACUCUUAAAGCAGCUCACCUCCCAGCAGCACGCCAUUCUCAUCGACCUUGGGCGAACCUUUCCAACACAUCCGUACUACUCUGCUCAGCUAGGAGCAGGGCAGCUGUCACUUUACAACAUCCUGAAGGCCUACUCGCUUCUAGACCAAGAAGUGGGCUAUUGCCAAGGUCUCAGCUUUGUAGCAGGCAUCCUGCUGCUUCAUAUGGGUGAAGAAGAGGCGUUUAACAUGCUCAAGUUUCUGAUGUUUGACAUGGGACUGCGGAAACAAUAUCGGCCGGACAUGAUUAUUUUACAGAUCCAGAUGUACCAGCUUUCGAGGCUGCUCCACGACUACCACAGGGACCUCUACAACCACCUGGAGGAGCACGAGAUCGGCCCCAGCCUCUACGCCGCGCCCUGGUUCCUCACCGUGUUCGCCUCACAGUUCCCCCUGGGCUUCGUCGCCAGAGUCUUUGAUAUGAUCUUUCUUCAGGGAUCAGAGGUCAUAUUUAAAGUGGCUCUAAGUCUGCUGGGAAGCCAUAAGCCCUUGAUUCUGCAGCAUGAAAACCUAGAAACCAUAGUUGACUUUAUAAAAAGCACACUACCCAACCUGGGCUUGGUGCAGAUGGAGAAGACUAUCAGUCAGGUGUUUGAGACGGACAUCUCGAAACAGUUGCAAGCUUAUGAAGUUGAGUACCAUGUGCUUCAGGAAGAGCUUAUUGAUUCUUCUCCUCUCAGUGACAACCAAAGAAUGGACAAAUUAGAGAAGACCAACAGCAGCUUACGCAAACAGAACCUUGACCUCCUUGAACAGCUGCAGGUCGCCAAUGGGAGGAUCCAGAGCCUGGAAGCCACCGUUGAGAAGCUCCUGACUAGCGAGAGCAAGCUGAAGCAGGCGACCCUGGCCUUGGAGCUGGAGAGGUCAGCCCUGCUGCAGACGGUGGAGCAGCUCCAGAGGCAGAUGGCAGAGCUGGGCAGCCGGGAGGCUGACCCCACACUGCCCAAGCCCUCGGGUGACUGAUGGCCUGGGGCCCAGCUCCUGCCAGCCCACAGCUCCAGAACAGGUGUGGCCACCGCCCUGACACUGUCCAGGCCUUAACUGAGAGAGAUGCAAAUGCUGGAGGAGAACGGAGAACGAAGCGUGCUUCUCAGGGAGGAGACUGGCUUGCCAGCACACAGAUUCUUCUGAACUGACUCACAGUGCAGGGGACGAACGUCCCAGUGUUUUUGUUGUUGUUUAGGUUUAAUUCUUCCCUUUUCCAGUCUUGAUUACUGUACUCAGUAGAUUAGAUGGCAUGGACUCGAAUAAAUGCACCUUUAUGUUUCUUUGUUGCUUUCUUUUUCAGCAUCCCUGUGUCUGUAAAGGGCAUUUGUUAGUUCUCUGGUAUUUCAGAGAAUGAAGAGGCUGGAGAUACGCUUCCUCUGGCAGAUGUGUCCAUUGUUCUUCCAAGAGGGUUUGCGUGAUUUACACCCUCAGCAUCGCCGGCGGGGUGCAGUUGGCCCUUGACCAUUCUUGUUGUGGAGGCCCCAGGUUACCCCUGGGAAAAAUCAAAAGUGAUUUAUUUAAAUUUGGCAUCUUAAAUUUGGUCACUAUGCUUGAUAUUUAAUGAAGUCUGUCUUUGAAGAACAGUUUUCACAUGUUUUUGCUUAGCCCUUAAGUAUUGAUGACAUUCACUGUAGAUACACGUUUUUACGGGAAGAUCACCAGUUUUUAGACUGCGCCCGGGUAUGGCUAGCGUGUGGCUGACAGUCGUAGAGUUUGGAGUAUUUAUAAUUUCACUGUGGCGUCUCGUAUCCACACUGUAGAGUCUCAUAUUUAUGUUAUGGUGUCAUGUGACGUGAGCAGCCUUGUGUCCCUUCGAGCCUCCACCCCUUGGGAAUCAGAUUCCUUGCUUAAGUUGCCCAGCACGUCAGGACUUUCAGGGGCCCCAGACAUUCUGGGGUUUUAAAGUCUUCAGACUUUCAGCCUGGAAUUACAUCAAAUGUACGGCAGCUGAGAGCAGUUUUUCGUGGUAGGAUGUGCGUGUUGAAUGUAACUCACAACCCAGUGACCCACUCCCUUAGGAUGAGGAGAACCAGUGCCUUCAGCCGUCAAAAGGCCGCUGCCUGGUGUCAUCUGGUCGUCACCUGAGGCCCUCGCUCAUGACAGGCUGGAGCGGGCGGUGGAUUAGAGAGGGGACGUGUAGGCAAGUUCACUUCUCAACAGCAGAACCAUUUCUGGUCUGUAUCAUCAUAACCACUUCUGUUCCACAGGAGUUCUUUGACACCCUCUGUGGUGGGUGUUUCUUUCAAGCCUGAGGUGAAAGGAAGGGUUUUUAAUACCUGUAGUCUUUCUAGAUCUUUCCAGAUAUUUCCAAGGGAGGCGCACUUGCCACCCCUGAUGCCUACACAGUUGGUUGACACCAGGGACUCUCUACCGUUGCCCGUGUCAUAAACCACGAUGACAAGCCUAUAGCCUUCAUUAUGAAUUGUUCCACCAGCUAUAAUUUAGCGGAGUUAACAUGUGAGGUCUUCUUCCCACAUACUUUACUGGUUUGAAAGUUUAAUAAUGUUGAAUUUUGGACAUCUUAUUACUGUUACUCAA